AUGCAAGACCUAGCGCCCCUCAUCCUCCCCCGGGCACCCCCUCUAGACCCAUCAUGGCUCGCCCACGAAUCAGCCGCCAACCUACUUGCCCCCAAGCCAUCCCUCUCCGCUAUAGACCGGCAGCCCCUCUAUGCCGCCUCAUGUCGCGCACUAAACGCCUCCAUGAUGGCACCCGGUGCACGAGACCACCACCUAUCCCGGGGCAUCUCUAUCUCAUCCCUCACCAUUCCAUCAACAGUAGAUGGUUUCGCGAUCCCCGUCUUGCGCUACGAGACGGAGCUUACCAAAACCGCCAGCGGUGGUGGUAAGAAGGCGAAUGAAUGGGAAGAGAAGGAGAGGAAGGAAAAGGUCAUCCUGGUCUACUACCACGGCGGCGGCCUCGUAGUCGGCGAAGCAGAUAGCGAGGAUCUUUCGUGUCGACGGCUUGUACUGCAAUCCGGCAUUGCACAACACUUGACGCUCUACUCAGUAGGCUACCGCCUAAUGCCCCAAGUCCCAGCUUGCACUUGCGUGCCGGAUGCUCUAGACGCAUUCACCUCCAUCUGCAAUCUCAACCGAGGAGCCAAGUUCAUCCUAGUCGGCAGCUCCAGCGGUGGCGAGCUCGCGGCGCUCGUUUCGCAAAUGGCGCCCCGCGGAUCGGUCCACGGCGUGCUGUUGCGAUGCCCGGUGACUUCGGACGCGUUCUCGGGGCCGCAGUACGUUCCGGCGCGGUUGCGGGCAAUGCACACGAGCGCUUCAGAGUCGUUCGUCACAAGUUUGCUGGGUUUCUUCACGAGGGAGGUACCGCGGGAUGGACUGGAGAGGAUGCCUCUUGAAAUUGGCGAGGAGGAAUUGGUGGGCUUGCCGAGAACCUGGAUCCAGAUUUGUACGAACGAUGUGCUUUACUCUGACGGGUUGUGCUAUGCGAAGGCGCUGCAAGAUGCUGGUGUGCCAGUUAAGGUCGAUGUCGUCGUGGGGUAUCCACAUACUUUCUGGUUGAAAGCACCGCAACUCCAGAGAGCAUUGGAGGCGGACGAGGAGAUGCUUCGGGGGCUGGUAUGGGCGGCCGAUGUUUGA